AUGCUACUAAAACCAGGUGAAAAGUGUCUAGCGUUCCAUGGACCUCUAUUAUACGAGGCUAAAGUACUAAGAGCGUGGAACCCAGAGACUCAAGAAUGUAGUACAGCAUUACCCAGCACUGGUGUCAAUGCCAACGUAAAUGCCAGCACAAACAAUAACAAUAACACAAAUUCAAGUUCGUCCAGUAGUAGCACGACAACUGGUGGAGAUAUGAAUUGUCCUCCUGACGAUCUUUUGAAUGCCGAGAGUUACUAUAUUCAUUACAAAGGUUGGAAGGCUUCUUGGGAUGAAUGGGUAGGAGUAUCACGAGUGAGAGAUUUGACACCUGCCAAUAAGACGUUACAACAAAAAUUGGCAAAAGAAGCUCGUGCAAGUGCCAAGAGUAAUAGACGAGGGGCAUCUACCAAGAAAAACAAAGAAAAAGAUACCGCAUCCUCAACAGCCUCCCCUACUGCAACCACUGUCAUUGAUCAUUCUCCAUCUCCUAUGGGUUCUAAUGGGAUGGCUAAUAAUGGCAUGUCUAGUGGAACUCCCAAUGGUAAUAAUAACGGUAGUCGAAUCACAUUGCAUAUGCCCAUACGAUUGAAAGCUGUUCUUGUCAACGAUUGGGAAUACGUGACAAAGGACAAAAUGAUUGUGAAAUUACCUCCUAAAUUGACCAUCCAUCAAAUAAUGGAGAAUUAUUUGAAAUUGAAAAGUGACCAAUUGGAAACACCGGUAGAGCAAUCUCAGUUAAACGAAUUUAUUCUAGGGUUGAAAUUAUAUUUCAACAAAUCAUUGCCCGUGUUGCUACUAUAUAGACUAGAACGAUUACAAUUCAACAAUCUAAUUCAACUAGAAAAUGUCUCAAUAGAUAAUAUCGAUUUUACCAAAAUAUACGGGUGUAUCCACCUUCUAAGAUUGCUCUCGUUAUUGCCAGAACUCAUCUCCAUGACUACCAUGGAUACACAAAAUUGUACAUUGCUUAUUUCUCAUGCAGAGAACCUUCUAUUGUGGCUACUGCUGAAUAACACCAGCGUUUUAGAAGAAAAUGGUGAGCUACCGACAAUCCGUCCACGUGAUAGGGCACACAGGGCACGCCGUACAGACACAACGCCAGAACAACUUUUCUUUGAUGAGGAUCAUGCAGGCUCAUUCUAUGUAAAUACUUCUAGUCAAUAUGAAGGGGUUGCUCUAGGUAUGUGA